CUGGCUCCUUUGCUCCUCCAACGUCCUCAUAGACUUGUCCUUGAACACUCACACACGAUGCCAUCCUCAUCGUCGUCGUCAAAUUCCUCUUCAAAACGAAGGGAUGCUACUGCCCUCCCGGCUAGCUACUCGUCAAGACGAUCCGCCCCUGGUGCUAGGGCUGGACCUCAACGCACUACAAAGGGGUCCGGCAAACUCAAGAUUCUUCCCGAGGAGCCACAGCAGAGCCACUCGUCUACGUCCCAGGAUCAUCGCCCCGACUCCGAGGAGUCGUCGGACGACGAUGACGACGAUGACAAUGAGGCGGAUGCGAGCGACCGCAAGGCUGCAAGGGAAGGGCGUGAAGAGGUUUACAAGCAGCUGGCUCAGAUUCCAGAGGGAAGCAUGAGGAGGGAUGCGCGAAGGCUGACCAGAAAGGGAAGGGCAAGUCUGCCUAGAGUAACGGCAUAUAGUACUGCGACCUCAUACCGCAUGCGCGAACUCACGCGCUUCCUCCAAGCACGAUCCGACUCCCACCGCACAAACGUCAUGACCUUCGACGAGUGUGUCUACACCACCUAUUCCUACGAUGUAGUCGACGCAGCUCGUAACGGCUACCCAGUCUCCAGCACCACCUCGGGCGCAACAUCAAAUCAUCCGCCCAGCAGUCGCGAUAGAAAACAUUCGUCGGGAGGCAGCGGUGGCGGUAGUGGCGCCAAGACGGGCGACUUGCUGGGCAUCCCAGAGCUCAAUGAGGACGAGGCUGAGCAGCAGCAGGCAGAGGAUGGCACCAAGGCAAAUGCGGCCGAGAAUGGCAACGGUACGUCGUCUUCUACCACCCUCGUCGAGACCGACGCAGACGAGGCCCGCCGCCUAGAGCAUGAGCGUCUCCUGCGCCGCGAGGAAGCCCGUCGCGAGCGUCGCGAGCGCUUCACGGUCAAGGGCGCCACGCCCGAAGUCUUCUUCAUGGAGUACGGUACCGUCGUCAUCUGGGGUAUGACCCAGUCCGAGGAACGUCGCUUGCUUCGCGAGAUAAAGCGCUUCGAAGUGGAGCGCCUCGCCCCGGAAGACGUAGAGAGCGAGGAGCUCAACUGGUACCUCGCCGACUAUUCGCGCAUCUACAACGACGUCAUCACCCUGCGUCGAGGCUCUUCCUACAUGACGAAACUCUCCCUUUCCCACGCUUUGGCCCAGUCGACCAAGAUUAGCUUCUUCGAGGGCGUCAUCGACAAUACCAUCGACACGACCAAGGACAUCCCGCAGAGCAUCGCCGAGUCGGGCAAGAUCGGCAUGCCGCCCGCUGAGAUCAUGAAGCAGAUCGGUCAUCUCUUCAUCUUGCGCAUGAAUAUCCACCUCGUGGGAUCCAUCGUCGACUCGCCCGAGAUCUUCUGGGCGCAACCCGAUCUCGAGCCGCUGUACUCGGCAGCGAGGAGCUACUUGGAGAUUCCGCAGCGUAUCGACUUGCUCAACGCCAGGGUCGAGGUGCUGCAAGAUAUGCUGCAGUUGCUCAAGGAUCAGGUGACGAGCAGGCAUAGUGAGAGCCUGGAGAUUAUCGUUAUUAUCCUAAUCGUGCUGGAGAUUAUCCUCGGGUUGUUGACCAUGUUCGUCGAUCUGUACUUCAGCUAGCU